UAUUUGUUUGGAUCAGAUUCUUGGCUUUCUUGGCUUCUCUCGGUCACAAUACAGUAGAGCCCGACUCAGACUCUCAAAAUGCCGCUUCCACCGGCCUUGGCCGCUCGAUUAGCCAAGCGAGGUCUCCUCCGACCGGAUCAAGCCUCCGGCAAACCCGGGAAACCCGGCAAACCCUCCGAAGCCCAUGCUCAUAAGAAAGGCGAAGAGGAAGAGGUUUUUGCUGAAAGCUACGAUGAUCACGAUGAGGGUGGAUCCACCCAGAAUAUCACCCCUCAAACCGGCGAAGACGACAAGGCCAAACUCUUGGGAUAUCCCGGUUGUCCGAACAAAUGGAACCCAUAUCACGAAUGUCAGCCCUUCUGUUCGGAUCAUUGGGGAUCGGGUCACAAAGAGCCCUCGCUGGAGUAUCUCAAGCUCUUUCAAAGCAUGAUGAAGGACUACCAACCUCUGCCCGAAGAAUGGGAGGAGCAAUAUGAUCCGGGCAGUGGGCGGCACUUCUUUUGGAACCGUCGAACGGAUCGGGUCUCGUGGUUCCCCCCAGGUCAUCCCAAGGCUCGGAUCAUGGAGGCCGCCAGUCAAGUGCGGGAAUUGCUCCAGAGCCAGUUGUCCAAUAUGGAUGAGGACGACGAGGACGACGACGAUGAGGACGAUGAUCAGGCCAUGGAUCUAGAUUCGGAUAUGAGCGAGGGUGGUCAAGAUGAGGACGAGGAAGAUCGACAAAUCGAGGAUAAGCACCGCCGAGAGAAAGAGCAACGCCGUGAGCAAGAAGAGUUCUACAAACGAAAAGAUGGGAAACGGAAAAAGGCACCGCCGGGUAUCGAUCCUAUGGAUCCAUCCAGUUAUUCAGAUGCACCUCUAGGUACCUGGGCGUCAGGUUUGGAUAAGGACAAAGACGAAUAAAGGGAUUAAUCAUAAUAAUGUAAAAGACAAA